AUGCUCUGACUGAGCUACUCAGCCAUGGCCUAACCAGUAUUUGCCUGUCCCGCGGGGCUCAGGUCUGCCCUUCUGGUCCCUGGACUGCUCAAGUUGGGCCAGGCACACUCUGGAUUUUGCAGAUGAUACGGAUGCAGAUGUCUGCUUAGCCCCUAUGCAUGCUAGUCCUGUUGCUGCUUUGGGCACAAAAUGUUAAGACCCUUAAGGACCUCAACAGCGUCUUAUUCCUCUUAGCACCCAAUUUAGUUCCACUCAGGAAGCCUUAGUUAGUACUGAAUCGAGUUCCUUGCCAGACUGUAAGUUUCUUGCCAAUGGAAACCUUGUUUUCUUCAUCUUUUCAUCUUCUGCAGUGCUAACUUGGUUUCCUUUUUGUUGUGUUAAAUUUGUUUAGCUAAAGGCAUGACAAAUUGGUGAGAUAGCACCAAUAUAACCUUAUUAUUAUUUUUUCAUCCUUCAAGUUCCUCCUUGUGUUACUUGCCUUUCUUUUCCAGCUGCCCCUCCUGCUAUGGGCAUUCAAGGCCUGGCCAAACUGAUCGCUGACGUGGCCCCCAGUGCCAUUCGGGAGAAUGACAUCAAGAGCUACUUUGGCCGCAAGGUGGCCAUCGAUGCCUCCAUGAGCAUCUAUCAGUUCCUGAUUGCUGUUCGCCAGGGUGGGGACGUGCUGCAGAACGAGGAGGGUGAGACCACCAGCCACCUGAUGGGCAUGUUCUACCGCACCAUCCGCAUGAUAGAGAAUGGCAUCAAGCCCGUGUAUGUCUUUGACGGCAAGCCACCGCAGCUCAAGUCGGGUGAGCUGGCCAAACGCAGUGAGCGGCGGGCUGAGGCGGAGAAGCAGCUGCAUCAGGCUCAGGCUGCUGGGGCCGAGGAGGAAGUGGAGAAGUUCACUAAGCGGCUGGUGAAGGUCACCAAGCAACACAAUGAUGAGUGCAAGCAUCUCCUGAGCCUCAUGGGCAUCCCGUACCUCGAUGCCCCCAGUGAGGCAGAGGCCAGCUGUGCAGCCCUGGUGAAGGCUGGCAAAGUCUACGCUGCGGCCACGGAGGACAUGGACUGUCUGACCUUCGGCAGCCCUGUGCUCAUGCGGCACCUGACGGCCAGCGAGGCCAAGAAGCUGCCCAUCCAGGAGUUCCACCUGAGCCGGAUUCUGCAGGAGCUGGGCCUGAACCAGGAGCAGUUUGUGGACCUGUGCAUCCUGCUGGGCAGUGACUACUGUGAGAGCAUUCGGGGCAUCGGGCCCAAGCGGGCCGUGGACCUCAUCCAGAAGCACAAGAGCAUCGAGGAGAUUGUGCGCCGACUUGACCCCAACAAGUACCCUGUGCCAGAAAAUUGGCUCCACAAGGAGGCCCAGCAGCUGUUCCUGGCGCCGGAGGUGCUGGACCCGGAGUCUGUGGAACUGAAGUGGAGUGAGCCGAAGGAAGAGGAGCUCGUCAAGUUCCUGUGUGGCGAAAAGCAGUUCUCUGAGGAGCGAAUCCGCAGCGGCGUCAAGCGGCUGAACAAGAGUCGCCAAGGCAGCACCCAGGGCCGCCUGGAAGAUUUCUUCAAGGUCACCGGUUCGCUCUCUUCAGCUAAGCGCAAGGAGCCAGAACCCAAGGGAUCCGCUAAGAAGAAGGCAAAGACUGGGGCGGCAGGGAAGUUUAAAAGGGGGAAAUAAAUGUGUUUCCCUUCGUUAUACCUCCUUGACCCCGGAAUACCUGCUUUGUACCCUCAAGAGCUAGUACUAGAGAAACCUGCGUGGGGCAGGGAGGGGAUUGCGUUGCUUCCCCAGGACUGCCCUUCUCGGUAGUGCUUUUCCCUUUUUACUUGAUCUUGUGGCAGGAAGGCCACAGAGGUACUCUGUUUUCUUCUAUUUUAGCUCAGGAAAAUAUGCCAGGCUCACACCACCCUUCAGUCAACUUAAUGAACACUGAACCCACUGUUACAUAAAAGUCAUAGCAACAAGUGUUGGAGGGAGAGGAAGAUACAUGGUGGAGACAAAGGACUGAAUGGAGAUGAUGUCCUCGCUGGCCAGCUGUUAGUGAUGGUGGAGCCAGUCUGCACUUUUCUCUCUGGUUCAGCCUGGACCCACCCUGAAGGAGAGCCAGCGGGAAGACUCAGUCUAAACAGAUAGGAAGAGCUACUGAGAAAUGACAGGCGGCAAGCUGGAGUCCCUGGAGUUCGAAACGUGGGUUUCAUUACUGGCUGUGUCUCUCGGCCGGGCAGAAACUUGAACUUGCUAUGUAACUUGAAUCUUUACUUAGUUAUUCAGAGGCAUAAGGUGGCUUAGUUCUCCUGGCCUCCCUGAGGCAGUCAGCUGAGUUGAAACUUUGGGAUAAGAUGCUAUUGUCAUGUGCUAUUUUUGUUUUAAAUGUAUGAAAAAAAAGUCAAUAAAAGUAGGCAGAAUA